AUGAUAUUGGCUACCGCUAUGUUCUUUAUUGGAUUGAUACUUCUAACGCAUAUGUUCGGCCCAAUAGUUCUGCUACGUAUCGGAUCAGCUAUCGCUUCAGCGGUACCGCUUCUCCUGAAUCUUGUAUGGAGAAUUUAUACGUCGAUUAUCGCCAUACCAGCCACUUGUAUUUAUGCCAUCCCCAGUCCUAUUGCCAUUGUCGCUGAACUGAAAGAGGAUGUUCGCACCCUAUUAGGACACACAACUCUCAAUCUACUUGCGUAUUGUGCACACCGAUGA